AUGGCUUAUUAAAUUGAUGUUAACAAAGAGAAUUUUGAUGAAAAGAAUAUUGAGAACUUAAAUCUUGAAAUACUAAAAGAGAUAACAUUAGAAGAUUAGUUGUCUAUCGAAUUAAGUGGAGAUGAAAGAAUAUUUAAGUUUACUUAGGGGGACAAUAUAGAUGUGAUGUUAUUAAGUAAUAAGAGCAUUGACUGUUUAUAUCAAGUUAAGAAUUGCUUGUAGAAUGGUGAAAUAAUUAUGGAAAAAAAAGAAUGUCAAAUAUUGUUAAUCCACCCUUAAUGCUAUUAAUUACACUAAUUGGAAACAUCUAUUUACAUAGUUUAAUGUCAAUAUAAUGAAAACAAUUCUAUUAUUUAAAUUGUUAAUUAAUCAAAAAUACUUGAUGAAAUUAUGAUUCCUAUUUAACCAUUUUGCAAGUCGGAUUCAACAUUUUAUUAAUAGACAUUAAUAAUAUUUAAUAAAUAAUGUUAAACAACUAAAUUUUAUUCAGUGUAAAUACUAAAUUAAUCAUUUCAGAAUAUUGAGUUAUUUGAUUUAAUGGAUUUACAAGGAUUUACUGAAAAUAAUGCAAAACUUGUUGAUAUUACAUUCAUUAUCUAAGGCAAUUUAUACAUAACUUAUACCAAUUAAAUACUUCACCUACUUCUCGAAAAUAGGGAAAUAUCAAUUUUCAAUUAGAAUUCUGGAUUUGAAAUUAAGAGAUUUUUGUUUUUCGCCAAUUAAAAACAAGCUUUAAUUGCUAAAGUAAAGACAGACACUUAAUAACUCUUUUUGAAUGAUAAUUAAUUAGAUUUGAGUAGCUAGGAUUUCUUGGAUAUAUUUAUUAUAAAACAAAACUUUAUUGUAUAUCACUUCAAAAAUAAGUUAAUUGCUCAAGUUGAUAGCUGGUCCUCCAAUGUCAUAUACUUAAAUUCAAAUAGCAUAAUUUAAAUUGAUUAAUUACCUUAUUUGAUGGCUAUCUCUAACUAAAAGUUAAAAUUAAUUAAAAUAAUCUUACCAAAAUCUGUAAUUUCUUAUAACAACUCUGACACAGUGUAACUUAUACAUGCUACAUUACUAUCUACUCCUAAUAAAUUGAUUAAUUUUAAACUAGGUGAUCCAAACAAUCCAAUUCAAGACUUUGAUCAAACAAAAUUAUAUCAAUUAAUAACCAACUCCAACUAUUAUCUAUGUCUAUCAUACUAGAGGUAUAAAAGAACACUCCCUCUCAAGUUAACUUAGAUAGUAGAGAAUGGAAAACAAUCUACAAUUCUAGAUAAUUAAAAUGCAUAAUUUCUAUCUUAUAUCGAUCAUAUCGUAUCAGCUGGGAAGGUUCUUUUUUUGCAUAAAACCAACAAUGAUUAAAUACUUAUAAUAUAGAAAAUAGAGGACAAAUAUAUCAAAUUGAUUUAAUAUUCAAAUAGCGGACUAUAAAAUAAACACUUACUUAAAUUACUUGAUAAUGUAAUCAAAAUAUUUUUUCUAAGAGACUUCAUGCAUUUAAUAAUAAUCUAUGAAUAUUAAAUAGAAAUUUACAAAAUAUCAGAUAGUUAAGUAGUGAAGAAUAUAAGAAGUAGUGCUUUAAGGAUAAUAUCAGCAAUUUAAUUAAAAUACUUUGUGAAUUAUCUAAUUGAAGAUUGUAGUGUAAUGUCGAUUCAAUUUUUUCAGAAUUGGUUUUUGUUAGGUAGUAAAUAGUAUCGAUUUGAUUGUAAAACUUCUCUUCAAUUUUAAAAGGAGGACUUAUAUAUUGACAAGCAUUCUAUACAUUACAAAUAUAAACUGUAAUAUAAAUAGAUUAUAACCCUAAAAGAAUAGAUUUAUGAAGUUAGAAAUGUACAUCAUAAUUAUAUUUUGAUGUUUACUUUUCAUGAUAAUGAAUACCAUCUCAAAUUAUAUUAAAUCUAAUAAGAAGAAUUUCUUUAUCUAUACACACUCCCUACAUAUAAUUUUCGAAUUUUAUAUCCAUUUUAAUAUCAUAUUUUGACUUUCAUUCUAAUGAUAAAAGCAUAGAGUUCUGAUUAAGAUUUUGUAAUAUUGAUAUAUGAUUUAAGAUACACAGCUGUAGAAUCCUUGGUGAAAAUUACAGAAAUUGAUCGAGAGGAAAAACUAUCUUUUAAUUUUGUCAAUGAAACUGAGUACAUUUACUAAUAUCAGGGAUAAUUGAGGAUUCAAAAUUUAGAUUCCCCAUGUUUUACCUUAAAUAUGUCUGAUGAAAGUUAUAACUUCAUCUAGGAUAAGAAGACCAAAAUUACCACCUAAUCUUGGAUUAGCAAUCUAAGUAUCGAUUUAGACUUUCAUCUCAUUAGAUUCAACGAAAACUACAAAUUAUAAUUAUUAAAUUAGUAAUAAAGUCUUCUCCCUAAUAAUAUUGUUAAUUUGAAGAAUAUUUUUGGUAAUAUAGAUGAUACAUAGAUUAAUGGACCAGAAGAUUAUUAAGUUCACCUACCAUUAACUUUUACAAAUAAUUCAAUAAAUUGCUUUGUUUAUCGAUUUGGUCUCUGUGUCAGACCAACAUGUAUUUAAACAAAUGUUUUUGAUUUAAAUACAUCUGCUCCACUAGAAUACGAGAAUAUGGCAUUCACCUUAAUUGGAAUUGGACAUAAUCCAGAUACUUGUAAUCAUGCCAUCUAUAUACAGGGACACAACUUUAUUAAAGUAAAUGAGUUCAAUCUUUGCAAUAACAAUACUAAAUUAGAAAAGAAUUAUAAAAUUAGAACUGAUGACAUGGAUUCAUUCUUGAAUUAUGAAGAUAUCAGGUAAAUAAAUGAUUUGCUGAUAUAUAAAUCAGAAAAUAGAGUCCUAUAUCUCGCUUAUUAAUAUUAUCCUCUUUAAGAUAGAAGGUUAACGAAUACCCUCCAAAGUUAGUAACUUGAUGCUAUCAAACUCAAUAAUUCCAUUUAUUUGUUUUUGAAUAUUGAGUUUAACUAUUUUGAAAUAAGGAUUAUAAAUUUUACAAAAGGCGAUGAGAAGGUUAACUAUGAUAUCCUUUAUCAUAAAAUAUUUAAUUGGGAAGACUUGCUUGCUAAUAUUUAGACAUAAUAUCUUUUGAUCAAACUUAUCAAGACUUAAAUCUACUGGGUGAAUACAAUUAACAGUCAAACAGAAGUUAGGUUCAUCGUUAUUACGAAUUCUUAAUUCGCCUUUUUAAUCAAGUUUACAUUUAAUCUAGAUGAUUAAAAUAAUACUAAGGUAGAAUAAUUAGGGAUAUUAAGAUUUUAAUAGGGAGCUGCAUUUACUAAGAUGCUCUUCAUUGAUAAUAAUUAUGCAGUUCUAAGUUUUGAAUGCAAUGAAUAAUUGUUUAUUAACGUAUUUGAUAUUAGCCAUCCGUUUGAGCACAACAAUAUUGAUAGUACCUAAAAGCUACCAUUUAAUAAUUAUACAGCAAUAGAAAGAUACAAUAAAACUCAUUUUGUAAUGAUUGAGAAGAUCGCAAAAGAUUAGUAGAAGGUCCAUUUAAUCACACUUGGUAAAUUAAGGGUUGAAUGUUAAGGAUAAUGUUCUAAACCUGCUCACUUAAAGUUGAAAAUUUAAUUUAAUAAUGGUAAAGAACCUAAGAGUUUCUUUCAAAUAAUAAUAAUUAUAAUUACUUUAAUUUGUAUUUUGAUCAAAUUAAUUGCUAAAUAAGUGAAAAAGAUUAAAAUCUAGUUGAAUUAAAUCUGA